AUGCCUGUGUUGCAAUUUUUUGCGCAAACUGGUUUUGUACCCGGAAGAUUCACUACUGAUGCAAUGUGGAUCUAUCGUUGCAAAGAAGAUUACUAUAAGAGCCUGGGAGUAAGUAGAACUGCAACUACGAAAGAAAUAAAAUCUGCCUACCGUAAAUUAGCAAUGGACAAACACCCUGACCGAGUUAAAGGUGACAAAAAAGAAGCAGAGGCAGAAUUUUCAAAAAUAACCGAAGCCUACGAAGUUCUUUCAAAUACUGAAAAGAGAAGACUCUACGACUUGCAUGGACACACUGAACCACAAAUGCCAGAUACAAACUUCCGUAAAAACUUUUAUUCGUUCAAUGACAUGUUUGAGUCAUUUUUUGACGGAGAUGUGUUCGGAAAUAGUGGUUUUUUUAAUCAUGAUGAUAUGUUUGGGUCUUUUCACGGAGGUUUGUGUUUUUUUGUAAAUUUAAGGACAAAAUUGUCACACCAAGACAGUCAAAGUGGGAAACACGGUCAUGACCACAACGACUUGCCAAUAAUCUAUUAA